AUGACGGUGGCAUUUAUUGGUGGCACGUCGACUUUGGUGGUGGCUUUUUUGUUUCUUUCACAACGACAACCAACACCAUCACGGUGGUCGGCUGCAAUAUUGAGGUUGCUCAACAGAUCCAACAAGUCCAUGGUAAUAGCAGUAGAGAAAGAAGGUGCCGUUGUGUUUGAUUGUUUAGUGUGCCUUUGUGAAGUAUCUCAGGAAGAAGAGUACAGAAAGCUUCCAAACUGCAACCAUGGCGUCCAAUUCCAUGCUCAUUGUAUUGAUGCAUGGUUAAGAAAUCAUAGCAGUUGUCCAAUGUGCAGAAGCAACAUCCCCCGCUCAUUGUCUCAAAGCAUAAAAGCAUGUGUUCAACAUCUUCUUGAAGAGGUUAUCACAUACAGUAACUCUGCCUUAGAUAACGUAGCUAGCUCUAUUGGAGAUUGUCGGGAUUUUUGA